CCGAUCCCCGCUCCCGUCCACCGCAGGCGGCGCCAGAGCGCAAGCCCGCCCCGUGACUCGGGUCCAGAGUCCGGCCGGGCGGGGCGAGGGGCGGGCCCCGGCGUCUCUGGGCGUUGGAGCGCGGCGACAGUCACGCCGCGGGAUAGACGGACGGACGCGCGGCGGCGGGACAACUCCAGGGCCAUGGCGGAGCGCGCCGCUCUCCGCUGCUGCCUGGGCUGGGACUUCAGCACUCAGCAGGUGAAAGUUGUUGCUGUUGACACAGAGCUGAAUGUCUUCUAUGAGGACAGUGUGCAUUUUGACAGCGACCUUCCAGAAUUUGGGACUCAGGGUGGUGUGCAUGUGCACAAGGAUGGGCUGACAGUCACUUCUCCGGUCCUGAUGUGGGUUCAGGCUCUGGACAUUAUCUUGGAGAAGAUGAAGGCUUCCGGCUUUGACUUCUCUCAAGUCCAAGCCCUGUCUGGGGCAGGCCAGCAACAUGGAAGUAUCUACUGGAAGGCUGGGGCCAGCCAGGUGCUGAAAAACCUGUCACCAGACCUCCCGUUACACCAGCAGCUGCAGGCCUGUUUCUCCAUCAGCAACUGCCCGGUAUGGAUGGACUCCAGCACCACAGCCCAGUGCCGCCAGCUGGAGGCUGCCGUGGGUGGGGCCCAGGCUCUCAGCUGCCUCACAGGGUCCCGCGCCUAUGAGCGUUUUACAGGAAACCAAAUUGCAAAGAUUUACCAGCAGAACCCCGAGGCCUACUCAAACAUGGAGAGAAUUUCUUUGGUCAGUAGCUUUGCUGCUUCCCUGUUCCUUGGCUCUUACUCCCCUAUUGACUACAGCGAUGGUUCUGGAAUGAAUUUGUUGCAGAUCCAAGACAAAGUCUGGUCCCAGGCCUGUCUUGGUGCCUGUGCCCCUCAUUUAAAGGAGAAGCUUGGCCCACCAGCACCCUCAUGCUCAGUUGUGGGAGCCAUUUCUUCCUACCAUGUCCAGCGCUAUGGAUUUCCUCCAGGAUGUAAAGUAGUGGCCUUCACUGGGGACAACCCAGCAUCGCUGGCAGGCAUGAGGCUGGAGGAAGGUGACAUUGCGGUCAGCCUGGGCACCAGCGACACCCUGUUUCUCUGGCUCCAGGAACCCAUGCCUGCCCUGGAAGGCCACAUCUUCUGCAAUCCGGUUGAUGCCCAGCACUACAUGGCACUCCUGUGCUUUAAAAAUGGCUCCCUCAUGAGAGAGAAGAUCCGCGAUGAGUCUGCUUCCUGUUCCUGGAGCGAGUUCUCUAAGGCACUGCAGUCCACGGAGAUGGGGAAUGGCGGAAACCUGGGUUUUUAUUUUGAUGUAAUGGAGAUUACCCCUGAAAUUAUUGGGCGUCAUAGAUUUAAUGCAGAAAACCAUGAGGUCUCAGCAUUCCCCUGGGAUGUGGAGAUUCGAGCACUGAUCGAAGGACAAUUCAUGGCCAAAAGGAUUCAUGCAGAAGGCCUGGGCUACCAAGUCAUGCCCAAGACAAAGAUUUUGGCCACUGGAGGGGCAUCUCACAAUAGAGACAUCUUACAGGUGCUAGCAGAUGUGUUUAGUGCCCCAGUGUAUGUCAUAGACACAGCCAACUCAGCCUGUGUGGGUUCUGCAUACCGUGCUUUUCACGGCCUUGCAGGUGGAAUGGAUGUGCCCUUUUCAGAGGUUGUGAAGUUAGCUCCAAAUCCCAGACUAGCUGCUACCCCAAGGCCAAGAGCUUCUCAGGUCUAUGAGGCCAUCCUCCCCCGGUACGCCAAACUUGAGCAGAGAAUCUUGUCCCAGACCUGGGGGCUUCCAGAGUGAAUUCUGCAGGCCAGGCACCCCUGCUGCUCCUGCCUGCCCAGACUCACCAAUCCCACUUGGAGACAUGGCCCUAGACAUCAAGGAUCCUCUUCCUUGUCCUGAGCAGCUCUGCCUGCCUGCCUAUGCUGACUCUUUGGAGUACCCCAGCCCUGAAUCCACCCUCAGUACAUCUUCGUGAAGAUAGAUGGGGGCUUGUGCCCCUGUGCCCUUGUGCCCCAGGGCAGGAAAGCAUCUCUUCUUGCCUGACUUUCAUCCCAGAAGACAGGAUAACACUGAGUCCAGAAUAUGUCAAAUAAAAAUUGUGACUUUUUCCCUUUCAAAGGCAGAAUUAAAGCUCAUCUGGGGACCUAAAUCAGCAGAAUGGAGGAAUCAAAGCCCUCCCCCACCUCCUGACCACAGUCUGUCCCUUUCUCCAAGCCUGAUUCUUUGGCCACUCCUCCCCAAACCAUGACCCACCCCCCUAUACCUUGACCCCACUGUUCGUCCUCUCCCACACCCCAGACCUCACAGCCACUUUCCUCCGCAAACCCAAGCCUCCCAGAUGUUCCUGCCCUCUUCGUUUCAGCUCUCUGAGGCACUGCCCCCAGUGUCUUCUCUUGUCUGCUCCAUGCCCACCCCAUUCUACAUGCCCUAACCCUUCUCUCCUUUCAGCAUAUGUCCUCUCCCUCCUUGACCUCUCCUCCCUCCCCACACCCACCUGG